GCGUGUAGGAAUCGAUCUGUGAUUGGUCUCUUUUAGGAAGAAUGAAAGUGGAGAGUUGGCCUACGUCGGUAGCUGCUUCUGGCAAUUGCCCCUGAAGAAAAAAAAAUGGCUGCCUUAGAAAGGGUGAAGGUGCUUGUGUUGGGUGAUUCAGGUGUGGGAAAAUCAUCACUUGUUCACCUCUUAUGUCACAAUCAGAUGCUGGGAAAUCCAUCCUGGACUGUGGGCUGUUCUGUUGAUGUCCGUAUUCAUGACUACAAAGAAGGAACUCCAGAAGAAAAGAUCUAUUUCAUCGAAUUAUGGGAUGUUGGUGGUUCUGUAGGCAGUGCCAGUAGUGUGAAAAGCACACGUCUUAUGUUCUACAAUUCAGUAAAUGGAAUAAUUUUAGUGCAUGAUUUAACCAACAAAAAAUCCUCCCAAAACUUGUAUCGAUGGUCUUUGGAAGCUCUUAACAAAGAUGUGAUUCCAUCUAGUGUCCUGGUGACAAAUGGAGACUAUGAUCGAGAGCAGUUUGCUGAUAACCAGAUUCCACUGCUUGUCAUAGGAACAAAAUUAGAUCAAAUCCCAGAGACAAAACGCAAUGAGGUCUUGAGCCGAACUGCUUUUCUAGUUGAGGAUUUCAGUGCAGAAGAAAUCAAUCUGGAUUGUACAAGUCCUCGCUACUUGGCUGCAGGUUCCUCUAACGCUGUCAAGCUCAGCAGAUUUUUUGAUAAGGUUAUAGAAAAGAGAUAUUAUAUACGAGAUGGUAAUCAGAUUCCUAGCUUCUCAGAAAAAAAGAGAAUGGGAAGUGGCUUUGUAAAGAAUUUUCACUAUGACUGAUCCUCUGCUGUGCCAUCUAUAAAGUGUGCAAAAUGAAAUGAAUGCAGCAUUCUGGUACUAAGCAAAGUCAGAUCUUCUCCCAGUUACAGUGUAUGGAACUGUGUCUUCCCAGAUUUAUUUAGAAAGAAGCUGCAAUUCACUAUCCAAGAAGCAUAAUGAAUACCUAGUUUUGUUGUAGAAUAUGCUGUCUCGUAUUACAUUUUUGUUCGUUAUUAUUAAUUUGCAAAUACAAAUAACAAGCCAGUGAUAAGUGGAUAACUAGGAAAGAGAUUCUACAGCAAUUAUACCAACAUCAUUCCCAUUGCUAUGUCACUGAUAGCAAUCAGAGCUAAAGGACAUCUGAAUUAAAAUAUAUUUAUAAAUAAUAAUGUCUCAAACAUGAAGGAAUAGUAUCGGCAAAGCAAGCCUGCAAAUAAAUGACCAUGCAUACCUAUUUAAUAGUAUAUUCUACUUAUACAGUUUUAAGUGUCAUUAAUUAUAUGGUAAAAUAUACAAAGAAAAAUUGGAAAAGAAGGAAAACAAAACAACUCAGUGAAGGGGUACAAAUUAGUGGCCACAAAUGUUCCUGUUUUGUAGUAUCCUCUGCCCUCCAGAUAGAAGAGUCUGAAAGUUUAUAUUUUAGGGGUGUGCAACAUUUCAAAUUCUAUUAGAGCCUACCCAUAGGAGCUGGGUGCAAUUUCAUUUAUUCCUUAGCAGCAGCCAUGAUGCCCAGUAAAAAGAUGCUCCUGCUUUAAAGAAUGCAGACAAAUCUGGCACUUGCCUACUCUAAAGCACAGUUUAGAAAUUGAAAAGCAUUAUGCAAGUAUAAUAACUUAUCACUUCUGAUUAUACUCUGAGCAGAAGCCCAGAGUAACAAUUGUAUUAUGAAGAUGAGGAUACCUGUUAUAUGCAAGCACUCUGACACGGAAUAAAGAUUUUUU